AUGAUAGGACCAUCCUAUGAUCUCUCAGCAACCCCAUCCAACCCCCAGUUCUCCAAGAUCUCGCUAGCGCUUACAGAAGACUCCUACGACCUCAGGCCCCAGUACGUGGAAUACGAUACUGCCCAGGCAUUGCCAGUGCACCAGGUAUCGCCAGACUUGGCGUCCGUAGCCCACCAGGUUCGCCACAUCAACUUGGACGCCGAAGACACCGUCGACACCUCGGGGUUGGCCCUCCAAAAUGCUCCAGAAAUCCACAGCAAAUCCCACCCCAACCAGGAGCAGUUGAUCCCCGAGGACCCCGACCUGGAGCCUCCCUACAAGUUCAAUUUCAAGUUUGGUGGCGAGUCAUCCACGCCUGUCAGCGAGGAGUUCUCGCUAGGAAAAUCGUCCUACUCGGCCAAAUUGCCCCAGGUCCACCAGUUGUCCUCGCCCAUCUCACAGGUUUUUACGUUGAGCCACCACAAGGAAGAUUCUCCCCAAUUGCCCCCACCGUUGUCGCAUUCCGCAAGCUCCAUCAAGCGUCUCACUCUCGCGAACGGCGAAGAAUUCAGCUCCAUACGAAGAGACUUGGCCACCGACCUGAAGUCCCCAGCAGAGUACAGUCUCCAUAUCAUAUUCACCCAGUUCGUGCGCCAUGCUGAGCGAAAAUUGAACUUGUGUCUCGAGUACCCUCUCCUGGAAGAGCCUCCCAUUCUUGAUCUACUCGCGGAGGGAGUGGAUCCACAGUUCGAUAAGAUCGUAGCCUCGUUGGGAUAUGUGGCCAGAAGAAAGCCCAAACCAGUCAUUGACAGUGUCAUGUUCUGGAGAAAAUCUAAGAGCGAGGUCGCUGCCAUGGCCGCAGCCGAAGUGGAGCGUACCGUAGCCACUGCGAAGUCGAGCUUGCUCAAGCUAUCCAAUUCCAGCGGCAUUUCUCCAACAAACCCCGGCAUAGCAAAGAACUCCAACUCAAAUGAUAGAUCUAAGCGGAGUUUAAGCUUAAUGAGAACCAAAAGCUUUUCCAAAAUGGCCCACCGUCGUAACCAAUCCACUUCUUCAGCCAUCCCUUCGAUCACAAGCACCCCCAGCAUAAAUCUGAUGGAGCAUGAGUUUGCUCGUCAAAAGAAUUAUUAUGACGACCAAAUUUCCCAGGCCCGUGAAACUGCCAUCCAAGCAGACAGAAAAUCGUUAGCGUCCAUCUAUAUCCUUUGUCGUUUGUUGAUAGAGGUUGUCAAGCAAACAUCUUAUGAAGUGAUGGGCGAAGACUUGGAAGACAAGUUAGAAGAAAUAGUCUAUACCCAAUUGAAGACGACCGACCCCAUAAGCACAAGUCAAUCCUUAGUGAGAUCAGCAAACUGGAACUUGUUUGCCGAAUUAUUGGGAUUCAUGAGUGAAAAACGCUUCUUAAGUGUUAGUGAUAGGUUUAUUGCUGAUCUCGAAAAAAUAUCUUCUAAUGUCAAGCUUGAAGAUGAACCUAGAUUACAUCUAUUGAUUCAUGGAAUGAAGCAUUUGAAAUUGACAAAUUACCCGUUGGAAGUAUUCGAAGAAAGCGCAGACUUCAUUCAAUCCCUCGCAAAAUUCUUUGACAAAUCCCAAAAUGAAACCAUCAUUUUUGCAUACUGCGAAGUCUUGAGCAAUUUGGUAUUGCCUUUAGCAGGGAUCUUGACUGCAGAAGCUAACCAUCCUACUUGGGUUGAGGCUAUUGAGAAAAUCUUUUACAAAUCAGUUCAAAUAUGGAAUGAAACAGUUAGUGGAACUUCACUCAAUAAGUCAAUAGCAGCCGCCAGCAAUCCAGCAUUAUCGUUCAAUUUGGCUCAUGGCUCGGUUUCCACCAUUUCCAACAACAAUGGCUGGUCCUAUGCACUUCAUGCAAUAACCUCAGCAUUAUCCGUCUCCAGGAAAGAGCUCUUCUCAGAAGUCUGGUUCAGGAUUAUAGAAGAAAAUAGCUUCAAGCUCAAGCCAAAAGUUGAAGUUGAAGAUAAGAUUACAUUCAUCGUUUGUAUGGCAAGAUUGGUGUGGGUGUAUCUUUACAGAUUACCUGACACCUUGAAUAAUGUUGUCAAGAAAUUAGACAGCUUAUUUCAAAUUCUUUUAUUCAAUUCUACUGCCAGCAGCAAGAAGAAUCAGUGGAUUAUCUUUGACAAUUUACUCAUCAAUGCUUUGGUAGAAUUAAUCAGAACUGUUGGAUUCAAUCACUUAAAUUAUGUGUUGGACAAUGUUUUAAUUAAGUUACUCAAAAUGAGUUUUAAUGGAACUUCCUUGGAGAACUUGUCACCAGAAAGAACUAUUUUGGUGAUUAAAAGUUACAUGGUCAUUUUGGAGGACUAUGAGUUGGGUAAGAAACCCAAAUUUCCAACUGAUAAAGAAUUGGAUGCCAGAAUGGGUGAUGAAGAAGAUUUGGAAAGAUCUAAGAGGCUCAAUGAGUUUCAGUUCAUUGCACGUACAUCGAAGAACUCCCUUUCACAUGAAGAACUUUGUCGUUCUUUUGCAACACUAUUGAGAUUAUUGGAUAAUCAAUACGGUUGUGAUAUCUGGUCAUCUUCUAAUGCAUUGUCGCCAAACAGCAGUGGAAGUGGAUCCAAAGGACAAUCCACCUUCUCUGCAUUUCAUUUCGGAAUGGAUUUCUCCUACCAAAUGACUAAGAACUUGCACAUUGAAGUCUUCGCCACUUUGAUCGACUCGAUUCCGUUCACCAUGGUCACACCCUAUGGAGACAAACUGUCAUCUAAUUCCACUGCUAGUGGUCCUGGAGGAAUAUCUUUUAAGAGCAUAGUGGAAAUAUUAACAAGAAACUGUGUUCACUCAAAUCCAAAAGUUUCAUCUGCAGCAAUUAAAGCUUUAAAGAAAUUGGCCUCUCGGAAAAAUCCAAGUAGUUUAAUCACCAUUUUUGCUAAGAUUUCCUUCCAAUUUAGUGAUAAACCUGGCCCCAAUUAUGAUUCAGACUAUUUGAGCUCAGCUGAGUUCAAUAAGCUCUUGAAGAUCUAUGUGGAUCUUUUGAAAUGUUGGUUAGAACAAUUUAACGAAUUGACAGCACAAAAAUUAAUGGAUCACCAAGCAAAUCCAUUGGCUCAAGAUGAUGAAAUGAUGAACAAAGAUGUGCUCAAUGACUUGUAUCAAAUCAAUUACAAGAAUGAUGACCUCAACUUUUCCAAUGGAGCAAAAUUGAAACCAGGAGAUGAAUUAGAAUGGAAGACCAUUAUAACCGUUAUUGAAGAUGUGGAAGGUAAUGGGCUUUUCUUUUUGUGCUCACAGGACUCCAAAUCCAGGUACUAUGGGUUGUGUAUCUUAAAAUUAGUAGAGCAAUUCGAUCAGGCCAUAUACAAUAUCACGAAUGAAACGAAAGAAGACAAGGCUAGAGCACUGUCACCUGAGUCUGAAUCCAGAAAGACACAUUCCAGAAGCUCUUCUAAGUUUGCUGCUGACAUUGGAACUAGACUUAUCCAUAUCUUGGAAGAUAUUGACUUUAUUGAUCUCAUUAAACCGUACCGGAAGGAGCUUAGUGUGCCAGAGAGAAGUCGCUUGGCCAAGCUUAAGAAUAAGAAAAAUAUUCUUAUCAAGUUAGCGGAAUCAGAUUACGGGAUUGACUCCAAAAUUUGGUUGAGAUUAUAUCCGAAACUUCUUGAUAUCUUCUUUGAAAGAUGUCCAAUGCCUGUGGCGAUGUGCAGAUCUAUCGUUUGUGUUAGAAUGGUUCAGAUGCAUGAAAGAAUUUUGGAAAUUUCCGAAAACUACAAGAAUUUUACUUCUUCCAUUUUCUCCAAAACCUCAUCCACGAUCACUUCCACCAUAAUCUCAGGAUCUUCAAAUAAGAUUCCACCUGAGAUAUUGAUCAAUCAAUGGAAAUUGUACCUUAUUUUUGCGUGCUGUUCGCUUACUUCAACUAAUGAUCAAAAAAUCUCUUUUCCAAAUCAGCCUACCCACGGAAGGAAAAGGUCAAUGCAAAUGUUCAUUCAGCAUCAAAAGAUCACUUCGGCAAAGUCUGUCUUUAAGAUGGUUUUACCCUUGUUGAAAUCACAACAGCCAAUGAUAAAGGAAUCUGUGAUAACCGGCCUAAGUUGUCUUAACAUCAACAUCUUCAAGACGUUCUUAGAUAAUAUACCGAAGAGCGUGAAUGAGUGGGAAAUUCAGCUAAAGAAACGAGAUCAUGGCGAGGAUAACUUGAGAGUUGAAACGAUUCAUAUUUUGAGCAACAUCACAACCAAGUUCAAGGCCGAUCCUCAAAUCUAUACUGAUGAUUGGAUGAUUGCCAACUUGGUUUCAAUAGUCAAGAAUCUCAAAACAUUCUUGUCUCUUCCACAAAUUCAGAUAAAUAUUGAAUUCCAGAAAUUGAGAAGAUACUUUUGUAUUCUUUUAGAGAAUGUGUUAAUUGGACUCAAGGACUCGACUAAUCUUAACAAGUGGAUCCCAUUUGAAGCAAGAAUAGGAUGUUUUAACUUCUUGAAAGAAUGGUGUGGUUUUGGUGAAGAAGAUAUCACCAAUGACCGGUACUCUACUAUUAUCCUGAAAGCAUCGAAAGAUUCCUCUGGAGGCUCUAAAGAUUCUUCCUCAAAGCUUAUCGCCAUGUUGGAACUCGAGAAGAAUCUACUUCAAUCUGCAUCUCUUAGUUGUAUGUCUAUGUUGUGCCUGUUUCCUAUCAAGCAAGAAAUUGAGAUCAAUGGAAAUUCAGUGGUCAUGGCUUUUGAACUUAACAGCCUUAUGAAUUGGAUCAAUGCAUUAUUCAAAUCAAGGGAUUCAAAAUUCCACGAGUACGGAAGGCAGGCACUUCGAAACCUUCUCACUCUUAACUUGGAUGAUGAAGAUAUCUACUCGUGUGUCAUAAUAGAGUGUUAUUCGAAUCAAGAAUCUCCUCAAACUUUGGAGAGCUACUUCACCAUCUUCGUUGAAGAAUUCUUGUCAAGAGAUCAAGAUCUUAUGAGCGUACCUUUCGAUAUAUUAUGCUUGGCAAACUUCUUGAUUGGUAAUGACAAUUUCGAAAUUAGAUGUGCAGCUCUUAAGCUCUUGAAAUUUUUGGAUGCUAAGACAUUCAAAAGCUACUCUUUUGAUAAGUUCACUGAGUUGAUCCAUAGUAGGUCGAAAAUUGUCUACAAGAAGGCUUUAUAUGAAGUGUCAAAUCACUUAGCAGAGUUGGAUCUUAAGGGAAUCUAUGACAGAAUUAGCUUCAUGACAAAGUACUUCAAUCUUGUUGGAAAUGAAUCCAGGAGAGAUAUCUUGUCGUGCUUGUUACCCUGGGUUCAAACUGUGCAAUUAAAGCACACUGAUGUAACAGAUUCCCCUAAAAACAAGGAUUUAGAAAGUCUUUCACAACCUUCAAUAAUGGUUUUAAAUAACCUCUUUGAGAUUACAGUCAAGUUCAGCUCAAAAAUUUCCAAUGAGGUGGAAGCCUUGUGGGUGGCAUUAGGGGAUAAUUCGUCGAACUUCGACAUCAUCAUUGAUUAUCUCUUGACCAAUUGUUUGGAAAGAAAAAAUCCCAUAUUUGUUGAACAUUCUCGUCAGAUUGUUGAUUACUUAGCCUUUGCAAAACCCGAACAUCAACUCUACGUGAUUGACAAGUUUAUCGGAAACCUCCAACCAAAGGCGAUGGUACCACCUACCGCUAAGGCAACAAAUGCAAAUGAAAGUAUGCUGGACUUCCCUUACAUUGCAAACUUAUGGAAGGUGAUUCCGUAUAGCGAGAAAGACUCCAAUUUUUCAUUAGGACAAUUAUCGAUGAUCUUUUUGGUUGAUUUGUUCAUGGUACAGAACGACCAAAUGUUGGAGAAAUUACCUUUGCUUCUUCAUGUUACAUUCUCUUUGUUGGAUCACUAUCUAGUGAUCGUUCAAGAACAAUCGAUUAGUUUAUUGAUCAAUCUUAUUCACUUGUUAGCUCCCAAUGAAUCGAAGAGUGCAGAAACUAUAGAGACCUUGAGAUCAAGAAACUUGUGGGUUUAUGACGAUUUGAACAAUGAUAAAAAGGGGGCUCGUACUCCAAAAACAAUGGAUUCUUUGACCAGAAACAUUCUCACGAUUUUUAAGAAUCUUAGUCCAACACUACAAGAUGAUUGGAGCAGAGUUUCCUUGAAUUGGGCAACAACCUGUGCUGUCAGACAUAUUGCAUGUCGUUCUUUCCAAGUAUUCAGAUCCUUAUUGAAUUUCUUAGAUCAAGGAAUGUUGAAAGACAUGCUUCAUAGAUUGUCCAACACCAUAUCAGACGAGACUCAUGACAUCCAAGGAUUUGCAAUGCAAAUUUUAAUGACAUUGAAUGCAAUUACUGCAGAGUUGGAUUCUGCCGAAUUAAUUGAUUUCCCGCAAUUGUUCUGGUCCUCUGUGGCAUGCUUGAGCACCAUUCACGAACAAGAGUUCAUCGAAGUUUUGUCAACGAUGUCGAAAUUUGUGAGCAAAAUUGAUUUAGAUUCCCCCGAUACCGUAUCUUGUCUCAUCUCAACAUUCCCACCAAAGUGGGAAGGAAAGUUUGAAGGUCUUCAGCAAGUUAUUUUGAUCGGUUUGAGAUCUUCAACUUCAUGGGAGGCCUCGAUCAAGUUUCUUGAUAAGUUGAACACUUUGAAAGAUAGUGAAAUAAUUGGAAUGGGAUCUUCAAGAUUGCUCAUGAGUGUAUUAGCCAACAUGCCCAGGUACUUGCAUGCUUUGGGCAAGAAGGAAAUUUCAAAUGAAAUCGAAAACUCGGCAGUGUCUUUGAGUGAUAUGGCCUUAAAUUGUGACAAGCCCGGAUUGUCUAAGAUCCUAAUCUCAUUAUCCAAGAACAGAUUCAGAUCAAAGAAGGACUUCUUGGUUCAAACGGUAACCACAAUCAAAAAUUCUUUCUUCCCUGAAUUUGAAGCCCAAUCACUUGUUUUACUCUUGGGGUUUUUGUCUAAUAAAAUACCUUGGAUAAAAAUUGAAACCAUGAACGUCCUUAAGCAAAUUUUCCCGUUAGUCAACCUUCAAAGGGACGAGUUUAUUGGGGUUGGAGCUGACUUGAUAUCUCCUUUGCUUCGGUUGUUGUUAACUGACUACGCUGAAACGGCGUUAGAGGUGUUAGAUGAAGCAGUUGUUAUAUCUGGCUCUCAAUUGGAUAAAGAUGUAUUGAGAAUGAGUUUGGGUAACACAUCACUUAAGAAGGAAUAUGAAAAAACUGCAACACUUUUCGGUAUACCUGAUGAGAAUGGUUGGGCCAUUCCCAUGCCAGCAGUUACUGCCUCAAGCACUAGAAAUAAUGUACACGCGGUAUUUUCUACUUGCUUGGUCAACAAUGUUGUUGAUCAAGUCGAGGUGAAGAAUGAAGAGGAAGAGGAAGAGGAAAUUCAUUUCCACAUGGAAGACUAUUAUGGUCCUUCAAUUGUUCCCGACUACGGAGACUCUUUGUCUGUUAAUGUUGAAGAGCCUGAUGCAUCGCUUAGUAAUGUGUGGGCAGCCCUUGAUGACUUCGACUCCUUCUUUACCAAAGACACAGAACAGACCCCACUUGUCACUGGAAGAAGAGAGCAUAAUCAUAGUGCAUCUGUGGAUACAAAGAAUUCGAGUGAUAUUCUGGUGCCGAUGGAUUCAGCACCACAUGUAUAUGAUAAGAAUGCAUCGGUUAUUCUUAACCGGAGUUUAGCCAGAACUCAAUCAAAUACUUCAUUCAAGAGCAGCUUGGCAGAUUCGAUAGGAACUUCGAAGUUGGGUGAAGCAGGAAACUCAGUUGCCAGCAAGAGAUCAUACAUUCCAUUCAGGAGCAGCAAGAGUAAUUUCAAGAGUAAGAAUGACAGUUUCACUACCCCAGUCAUUCCUAUGAACUCAACUUUCGAAACCCAGAACAGCUCUACUCCUUUCAAGACUCCUAAUGUGACUACGCCAACAUUAUCAACUUUCAACGGAAACAUCAGUGGAGGUCCAAAUUCGCCGGGGGCCUAUCCUGUCCUGGACUCUAGUCCAUAUGAGCCCAAUCGAUUUGCAUUAGGAAACAAGAAGAAGUCCAAGAGGGCCACCAAAGUGUCACCCAAUGCUGGGUCGCCUGAUCUUCUGUACUGGGCCAAUCCUAGCUCUCCUGGUGUGACCCCACCAGCAUCUACCCAAUCUGGUACACCCAAGCUCAAGGAGAAGAGGAAGACUUCACAGAAGUUCCGUUGA